ACAACAUGUUUGAUGAAUGCACUAAAUUAAAAAGAGACAAGAAUUAGUAAUAUAUAGAUAGAAGAAGAACAACAACAACAAGAAGUAAUUAAUAAUAAUUAAGAUGGGUCACCAUUCUUGCUGCAAUCAACAGAAGGUUAAGAGAGGGCUUUGGUCUCCUGAGGAAGAUGAGAAACUCAUUAGAUAUAUUACUACUCAUGGAUAUGGUUGUUGGAGUGAAGUUCCAGAGAAAGCUGGGCUUCAAAGGUGUGGUAAGAGUUGUCGUUUGAGAUGGAUUAAUUAUUUGAGGCCUGAUAUUAGAAGAGGAAGGUUUACACCUGAAGAGGAGAAGUUAAUUAUAAGCCUUCAUGGGGUUGUUGGAAACAGAUGGGCUCACAUUGCAAGCCACUUGCCUGGUAGAACUGACAAUGAAAUAAAAAACUAUUGGAAUUCAUGGAUCAAAAAGAAAAUAAGAAAAUCUAAUUCUAAUUCUGCUCCUUCAUCAAUCACCAGUACCGUUAAUGCACCAAGUACUGUUGAUCAUCAUCAUCCUCAUUUCAAUUAUAAUUCCAACCAACUAGAUAAUUACUUCACCAACCAAGAAACUAUAACAACAAAACCAGAAACCUUAUUCUCUUCAACAUGCCCUUUAUUUAUGUUUGACACAAGCUCACUAGAUCAUGUGACAACAACAACAACAGACACCAUUCAUAAUGCAAGACCAGAAGUACUCUUCCAUGAUACUAUGAUGAGUUUGAGCUCUGAAACAUGGAACAUGAAUCACCACCAUCAUCAUCAUCAAAUUCAGACCCUGAUUCCUCCUCAUUCUGCAGCAACAGGUUUUACAGCAGCUGCAGCCAUUCAUCAUGAUACUAGUAAUUAUCUUCCACCAUUAAUAGAGAAUGUGGAAAACUUUGUGCCAAUUCAUCAUGAAGUGCAGUCAUGUAAUAUGGAUCAUGAAGAAGGAGAUGUGACAUUGGAGUCUUUGCAGAGACAAGAGUUGAAUGAAUGGGUGGAAACUCAACAACAAUGUCCUAACUUUAUUUUCUGGGAGAGUGCUGAAGAAGAGCAAGUACUACCACCAAACUCAUCAUCGUCAAAUAUGGGAAUUACAAAUUCACUCUCUCCCUUUCCUUCUUCUUAUAUUGCAACCAUGAUCAUUUCAGAGAAAAACCGUAGAGAGAUCUGCAAGUACCUCUUCCAAGAGGGAGUUUGCUAUGCCAAGAAGGACUUCAAUCUCGCAAAGCACCCAGAGAUUGAUGUGCCUAAUCUCCAAGUGAUUAAGCUGAUGCAAAGUUUCAAAUCAAGAGAAUAUGUUAGGGAAACUUUUGCUUGGAUGCAUUAUUACUGGUUCCUCACCAAUGAUGGAAUUGAGUUCCUUAGGACUUACCUCAAUCUUCCAUCUGAGAUUGUUCCAGCCACUUUGAAGAAACAGGCUAAGCCAGCUGGAAGGCCAUUCGGUGGUCCACCUGGUGAUCGCCCAAGGGGCCCACCUAGAUUCGAGGGAGAAAGGAGGUUUGGUGGUGAUCGCGAUGGAUACCGUGGAGGUCCCCGAGGACCUGCUGGUGAAUUUGGAGGAGACAAGGGUGGAGCUCCAGCUGACUACAGACCUUCUUUUGGGGGUCCUGGUGGUAGACCUGGUUUUGGACGUGGUGCUGGUAGUUUUGGAGCACCAACUAGUUCAAAUGCUCCUUAAUUGUAAUGGUUUCUGCUCUAGCUUAUGCAGUUUUGGCUGUGAUUAGAGUUUAUAGUAUUUCCCCUCUACUAAAAGUUGUUUGAUUAUUAAUUUGAAUAUUCAGUUAUUUAUGCAAUGACGAUUUUGAAUUACGAGUGUUUUUGCUUUAAGCUGAUAUUUUGUUUAUGUCUGGAUGGUGAUGGUAAAAUUGGAUGUUCUAAAGAUCUUUGUU